GAGAAAGAUUCAAAAAAGUAUUUUUUUAUUAGUUUUAUAGUGAAAAGUGGGUUUAUUUUAAUUAAAGUAAUUAAUUGCAUUAAAUCAUGCAGUGAAUGAAAAGAUUGAAAUUUUUAAUUUGUGGUAAAUGGUGUGUGAAUGUGAAAGGUUGGACAUAAAAGGUUUAAAAGAAUGGAUUGAGUAGAAAUUGAGAGUAUAUGGAGAGUAAAUAUUUAUAAAUUUAAAAAGUUGUUACAACUAAUUUAAUAAAAAAAGAUUAAUUAGUAUAUUUAUAUAUUUAUAGCAUUAACAUUAUUUAAUCAAGAAUUGACUCUUGGUAAUACAAAGCUAUAUUAUGUUUAGU